CCGAGCCCCGGCUUCUGGCCGCCCCUUCCCCGAGGGAAACAGACGCCCGCGCCGGAGUGGAAAACAGUUAAUGACCAGCCACAGCGUCCCUGCUGUGAGCUCUGGCCACUGCCUCCAGGCCUGUGGAGCCACAAGCAGGACAGUGUGAAGGGUCAGCAGAAGAAACAUGGCUUGCUGGCCUCAGCUGAGGCUGUUGCUAUGGAAGAACCUGACUUUCAGAAGAAGACAAACAUGUCAGCUGUUGUUGGAAGUGGCCUGGCCUCUCUUUAUCUUCCUGAUCCUGAUCUCUGUUCGGCUGAGCUACCCACCCUAUGAACAACAUGAAUGCCACUUUCCAAACAAAGCCAUGCCCUCUGCAGGAACUCUUCCCUGGGUACAGGGGAUUAUUUGUAAUGCCAACAACCCCUGUUUCCGUUAUCCGACUCCUGGUGAGGCUCCUGGCGUUGUUGGAAACUUUAACAAGUCAAUUGUGUCUCGCCUGUUCUCGGAUGCCCGGAGGCUUCUUCUGUACAGCCAAAAAGACACCAGCCUAAAGGACAUGCACAAAGUCCUAAGAACGCUACGGCACCUCAAGAAUUCCAGCUCCAACUUGAAGCUCCAGGAUUUUUUGGUGGACAAUGAAACCUUCUCUGGAUUCCUGCAACACAAUCUUUCUCUCCCGAGGCCUAUUGUGGAGAACAUGCUGCAGGCAGAUGUCAGUCUCCACAAGGUGUUUUUGCAAGGCUACCAGUUACAUUUAGCCAGUUUGUGCAAUGGAUCAAAAUUAGGAGAUGUCAUUCAACUUGGUGAUUUGGAAGUGUCCCACCUCUGCAGUCUACCAAGGGAGAGACUGGAUGCGGCUGAGCAAGUGCUGCGUUCCAACAUGGACAUCCUAAAGCCCAUUGUGACAAGAUUAAACUCUACAUCUCCCUUCCCAACCCAGCAGCUGGCUGAAGCCACCAGGACUCUGCUGGAUAGCCUGGGGAGUCUGGCCCAAGAGCUGUUUAGCACGAGGAGCUGGAGCGACAUGAGGCAAGAGGUGAUGUUUCUGAAUAAUGUGAAUAGCUCCAGCUCCUCAACCCAGAUCUACCAGGCCGUGUCCCGCAUCGUCUGUGGCCACCCAGAGGGUGGGGGCCUGAAGAUCAAAUCUCUCAACUGGUAUGAGGACAAUAACUACAAAGCCCUUUUUGGAGGCAAUGGCACUGAGGAAGAUUCUGACACCUUCUAUGACAAUUCUACAACUCCUUAUUGCAAUGACUUGAUGAAGAACUUGGAGUCUAGCCCUCUUUCCCGCAUUAUUUGGAAAGCACUGAAGCCUCUGCUUGUUGGAAAGAUUCUAUAUACACCUGACACCCCAGCUACGAGGCAAGUCAUGGCUGAGGUGAACAAGACUUUCCAGGAGCUGGCUGUAUUCCAUGAUCUGGAAGGCAUGUGGGAAGAGCUCAGCCCCAAGAUCUGGACUUUCAUGGAGAACAGCCAAGAAAUGGACCUUGUUCGGACACUGUUGGACAGCAGAGGCAAUGACCACUUUUGGGAACAGAAGUUGGAUGGCUUAGAUUGGACAGCCCAAGACAUCAUGGCAUUUCUGGCCAAGAACCCAGAAGAUGUCCAGUCCUCCAAUGGCUCUGUAUAUACCUGGAGAGAAGCUUUCAAUGAGACCAACCAGGCAAUCCAGACAAUAUCUCGCUUCAUGGAGUGUGUCAACCUGAACAAGCUGGAGCCCAUUCCAACAGAAGUCCGGCUCAUCAACAAGUCCAUGGAGCUGCUGGAUGAGAGGAAGUUUUGGGCUGGCAUUGUGUUCACAGGAAUCACUUCUGACAGUGUUGAACUGCCCCGCCAUGUUAAGUAUAAGAUCCGGAUGGACAUUGACAAUGUGGAGAGGACGAAUAAAAUCAAGGAUGGGUACUGGGACCCUGGUCCCCGGGCUGACCCCUUUGAGGAUAUGCGCUACGUCUGGGGUGGCUUUGCCUAUUUGCAGGAUGUGGUGGAGCAGGCAAUCAUCAGAGUAUUGACGGGUACUGAGAAGAAAACAGGAGUCUAUGUGCAGCAGAUGCCCUACCCCUGCUAUGUGGAUGACAUCUUCUUGCGGGUGAUGAGCAGGUCCAUGCCUCUCUUCAUGACCCUGGCUUGGAUUUACUCUGUGGCUGUCAUUAUCAAGGGAAUCGUGUAUGAGAAGGAGGCUCGGCUGAAGGAAACCAUGCGCAUCAUGGGCCUGGACAAUGGUAUCCUCUGGUUUAGCUGGUUCAUCAGUAGCCUCAUCCCUCUGCUCGUGAGUGCCAGCCUGUUGGUGGUAAUCUUGAAGUUAGGAAACCUGCUGCCUUACAGUGACCCCAGCGUGGUGUUUGUCUUUCUGUCUGUAUUCGCCGUGGUGACCAUCCUGCAGUGCUUUCUCAUUAGCACCCUCUUCUCCCGGGCCAACCUGGCGGCAGCAUGUGGGGGCAUCAUCUACUUCACGCUGUACCUGCCCUACGUCCUGUGCGUGGCAUGGCAGGACUAUGUGGGCUUCUCCACCAAGAUCUUUGCGAGCCUGCUCUCUCCUGUGGCCUUUGGAUUUGGCUGUGAGUACUUUGCCCUUUUUGAAGAGCAAGGCAUCGGGGUGCAGUGGGACAACCUCUUUGAGAGUCCUGUGGAAGAAGAUGGCUUCAGUCUCACCACUGCAGUCUCCAUGAUGCUGUUCGAUACCUUCCUGUACGGGGUGAUGACAUGGUACAUCGAGGCUGUCUUUCCAGGCCAGUAUGGGAUUCCCAGGCCCUGGUACUUUCCCUGUACCAAGUCCUACUGGUUCGGAGAGGAAAGCAAUGAGAAGAGCCACACUGGUUCCAGCCAGAAGGGGGCAUUGGAAAUCUGCAUGGAAGAGGAACCUACCCAUCUAAAGCUGGGGGUGUCCAUUCAGAACAUGGUCAAGGUUUACCGAGAUGGCAUGAAGGUGGCCGUCGAUGGCUUGGCACUAAAUUUUUACGAGGGCCAGAUCACCUCCUUUUUGGGCCACAAUGGAGCGGGGAAGACAACCACCAUGUCAAUCCUGACUGGGCUGUUCCCCCCCACUUCGGGCACUGCCUAUAUCUUGGGAAAGGACAUUCGCUUUGAGAUGAGCUCCAUCCGGCAGAACCUGGGGGUCUGUCCCCAGCACAAUGUGCUGUUUGACAUGCUGACUGUUGAAGAGCAUAUCUGGUUCUACGCCCGCCUAAAGGGGCUCUCAGAGAAGCACGUGAAAGCCGAGAUGGAGCAAAUGGCCCUGGACGUUGGUUUGCCCCCGAGCAAGCUGAAAAGUAAAACGAGUCAGCUUUCGGGUGGGAUGCAGAGAAAGCUGUCUGUGGCCUUGGCCUUUGUGGGUGGAUCCAAGGUUGUCAUCCUGGAUGAGCCCACAGCUGGUGUGGACCCUUACUCCCGCAGGGGAAUAUGGGAGCUGCUGCUGAAGUACAGACAAGGCCGCACCAUUAUUCUCUCUACUCACCACAUGGAUGAAGCAGACAUCCUGGGGGAUAGGAUAGCCAUCAUUUCCCAUGGGAAGCUGUGUUGUGUGGGCUCCUCCCUGUUUCUGAAGAAUCAGCUGGGAACAGGCUACUACCUGACUCUGGUCAAGAAAGAUGUGGAGUCCUCCCUCAGCUCCUGCAGAAAUAGCAGCAGCACGGUGUCGUGCCUGAAAAAGGAGGACAGUGUUUCUCAGAGCAGUUCUGAUGCUGGCCUGGGCAGUGACCAUGAAAGUGACACGCUGACCAUCGAUGUCUCUGCGAUCUCCAACCUCAUCAGGAAACAUGUGUCUGAAGCCCGGCUAGUGGAAGACAUUGGGCAUGAGCUGACCUACGUGCUGCCCUAUGAAGCUGCCAAAGAGGGAGCCUUUGUAGAACUUUUCCAUGAAAUUGAUGACCGGCUGUCAGACCUGGGCAUUUCCAGUUAUGGAAUCUCAGAGACUACUCUAGAAGAAAUAUUCCUCAAAGUGGCUGAAGAGAGUGGGGUAGAUGCAGAGACCUCAGAUGGUACCUUGCCAGCAAGACGAAACCGACGGGCCUUUGGGGACAAGCAGAGUUGUCUUCGCCCAUUCACCGAAGAUGAUGCUAUUGAUCCAAAUGACUCUGACAUAGACCCAGAAUCCAGGGAGACAGACCUGCUCAGUGGGAUGGACGGCAAAGGCUCCUACAAGGUGAAGGGCUGGAAACUCACACAACAACAAUUUAUGGCCCUUUUGUGGAAGAGGCUACUGAUUGCCAGACGGAGUAGGAAAGGAUUCUUUGCACAGAUUGUCCUGCCAGCUGUGUUUGUCUGCAUCGCCUUGGUGUUCAGUUUGAUCGUGCCACCGUUUGGCAAGUACCCCAGCCUGGAACUUCAGCCCUGGAUGUACAACGAGCAGUAUACGUUUGUCAGUAAUGAUGCUCCUGAGGACAUGGGCACCCAGGAACUGUUGAAUGCACUUACCAAAGACCCAGGCUUUGGGACUCGAUGUAUGGAAGGAAACCCAAUCCCAGACACACCCUGCUUGCUGGGGGAGGAGGAGUGGACCACUGCCCCAGUUCCCCCAGCUAUGGUGGACCUCUUCCAAAAUGGGAACUGGACAAUGCAGAACCCCUCACCUGCCUGCCAAUGUAGCAGUGACAAAAUCAAGAAGAUGCUGCCUGUGUGUCCCCCAGGUGCAGGAGGAUUGCCACCUCCACAGAGAAAACAGAACACUGCAGACAUCCUUCAAAAUCUAACUGGAAGAAACAUUUCAGAUUAUCUGGUGAAGACAUAUGUGCAGAUCAUAGCCAAAAGCUUAAAGAAUAAGAUCUGGGUGAAUGAGUUCAGGUAUGGCGGGUUUUCCCUGGGCGUCAGUAAUUCCCAAGUGCUUCCUCCGAGUCAAGAGGUUAACGAUGCCAUCAAGCAAGUGAAGAAACUUUUGAAGUUGGCCAAGGACAGUUCUGCAGACCGAUUUCUGAACAGCUUGGGAAGGUUCAUGACAGGCCUGGACACCAAAAAUAAUGUCAAGGUGUGGUUUAAUAACAAGGGCUGGCAUGCCAUCAGCUCUUUUCUGAAUGUCAUCAACAAUGCCAUUCUCCGGGCCAACCUACAGAAGGGAGCGAAUCCUAGCCAAUAUGGGAUUACUGCUUUCAAUCACCCUUUGAAUCUCACCAAGCAGCAGCUCUCAGAGGUGGCUCUGAUGACCACAUCAGUGGAUGUCCUUGUAUCCAUCUGUGUCAUCUUUGCAAUGUCCUUCGUCCCAGCCAGCUUUGUUGUGUUCCUGAUCCAGGAGCGGGUCAGCAAAGCUAAGCACCUACAAUUCAUCAGUGGGGUGAAACCCGUCAUCUACUGGCUCUCCAAUUUUGUCUGGGAUAUGUGCAAUUAUGUGGUUCCUGCUACAUUGGUCAUUAUCAUCUUCAUCUGCUUCCAGCAGAAGUCUUACGUUUCAUCUACCAACUUGCCUGUGUUAGCCCUUCUACUUUUGCUGUAUGGGUGGUCAAUCACGCCUCUCAUGUACCCAGCCUCCUUCGUGUUCAAAAUCCCCAGCACAGCCUACGUGGUGCUCACCAGUGUGAACCUCUUUAUUGGCAUCAAUGGGAGCGUGGCCACAUUUGUGCUGGAGCUCUUCACCAACAAUAAGCUGAAUAAUAUCAAUGACAUCCUGAAGUCUGUAUUCCUGAUCUUCCCACACUUUUGCUUAGGGCGAGGGCUCAUUGACAUGGUGAAAAACCAGGCAAUGGCUGAUGCCCUAGAGAGGUUUGGGGAGAAUCGCUUUGUGUCUCCACUCUCUUGGGACUUAGUGGGACGAAACCUUUUUGCCAUGGCCGUGGAAGGGGUGGUGUUCUUCCUCAUUACUGUGCUGAUCCAGUACCGAUUCUUCAUCAGGCCCAGACCAGUAAAGGCAAAACUUCCUCCUCUGAAUGACGAGGACGAAGAUGUGAGGCGUGAGAGACAAAGGAUUCUGGAUGGUGGAGGGCAGAAUGACAUCUUGGAAAUUAAGGAGCUGACUAAGAUAUACAGAAGGAAGAGGAAACCUGCUGUUGACAGAAUUUGCGUUGGCAUUCCUCCUGGCGAGUGCUUUGGACUUCUGGGAGUGAACGGUGCUGGAAAAUCAUCAACUUUCAAGAUGCUAACUGGAGACACCACUGUUACCAGGGGGGAUGCUUUUCUUAACAAAAAUAGCAUCUUAUCCAAUAUCCACGAAGUACAUCAGAACAUGGGCUACUGCCCUCAGUUUGAUGCCAUCACAGAGCUACUGACUGGGAGAGAGCAUGUGGAGUUCUUUGCCCUCUUGAGAGGCGUCCCUGAGAAAGAAGUUGGCAAGGUUGGCGAGUGGGCAAUUCGCAAACUGGGCCUUGUGAAAUAUGGAGAAAAGUAUGCUGGUAACUAUAGUGGAGGCAACAAGCGCAAGCUUUCAACAGCCAUGGCUUUGAUUGGUGGGCCUCCUGUAGUGUUUCUGGAUGAACCGACCACAGGCAUGGAUCCCAAGGCCCGGAGGUUCCUGUGGAAUUGUGCUCUGAGCAUUGUCAAGGAGGGCCGGUCUGUGGUGCUCACCUCUCAUAGUAUGGAAGAAUGUGAAGCUCUUUGUACAAGGAUGGCAAUCAUGGUCAACGGGAGGUUCAGGUGUCUUGGCAGUGUGCAACAUCUAAAAAAUAGGUUUGGAGAUGGUUAUACGAUAGUUGUGCGAAUAGCAGGAUCCAACCCUGACCUGAAGCCUGUGCAGGAGUUCUUCAGACUUGCCUUUCCAGGAAGUGUCCUAAAAGAGAAACACCGCAACAUGCUGCAGUACCAGCUUCCAUCUUCCUUAUCUUCUCUGGCCAGGAUAUUCAGCAUCCUCUCCCAGAGCAAAAAGCGACUCCACAUAGAAGACUAUUCUGUUUCUCAGACAACACUUGACCAAGUAUUUGUGAACUUUGCCAAGGACCAAAGUGAUGAUGACCACUUGAAGGACCUGUCCUUACACAAAAACCAGACAGUGGUGGAUGUUGCGGUCCUCACCUCUUUUCUACAGGAUGAGAAAGUUAAAGAAAGCUAUGUAUGAAUAACCCUGUGCAAACAGGGUGCGUGAAUGUGAGGAAGAGUGGAUCUUCCUUGGCACGGUGUCAAGUGUUCCAGAGGAAAGAGCCAGAAACGCUUGUGGGAAGAAAUAAACUGGAUACUGUACUGACACUAUUCAAUGCAAUGCAAUUCAAUGCAAUGAAAACAAAAUUCCAUUACAGGGGCAGUGCCUUUGUAGCCUAUGUCUUGUACGGCUCUCUAGUGAAAAAGACUUGAAUUUAGUUUUAUUACUUUAUUGUAUGUAUGUGAAACUAUAGCAUGGAACCCAGUGGACAGAUGGGUUUGAAUUCAUACAUUUUUGUUCCUGUUUCUUCUCACUGGGAUUUCAAGAAAAGUUAUGAAUAAUCAUAGCCAGUGGCUAUCACAGUCAAGAGGCUUGACCAUCCUCAUCUCGUUAAGCCAUACCGCACCACAACACUGGCUUCCUGGAGACACAUCCAUUGCUGGCAAUGAGUGUGCCAGAAUUAUUAGUGCCAAGUUGCUCAGAAAGUCUGAAGCACCAUGGUGUGUCACACAACUUUUGUGAAAGCCGUCCUGCUCAGAUUCUGUCAACAUUAUUAAAUACCAGGUGAAAAAUGGUGUCAUGUGUGACUAACAUCCUGCUUUGAUUCCCCCCUCCCUCCCUCCCUCC